ACAACUUACCAAACACAACGCGUAAACGUGUUUUCCUAUCCCAAAACAAUAGUACUUUGUUAAGUUUCCCAAGCAAUGAGUAUUCAGUUUUUCACACACAUAUAUAUAGACUGCAUGCUUUGCCUUUGCAUUUGUGAUUGAUUUUGCUCCCUCUCCCCCAAGUCAUAUGCUUGCCAAAACCUUAGUUUACACCAGCUUUCUUUAUUCUUUUUCAAAAUUUCUGGUACAAACAGUUCUUGUCAAUUUUCCUUGCUACGAUUUUGUUAUGGAAAUGGCAUCUGAAAUUAAGAAUGAAGGAGUUUUUUUUCGUAACUGGGGGUGGUUCAAGGCCUUGUCUGGAAAGUUAGGCACGAAGAUAGUUGAGACUACCAGGAAGAUAAAGAAACUGGGACAAGAUGAUCCGAGAAGGAUUAUUCAUUCGCUAAAAUUUGGACUGGCUCUAACGUUGGUGUCACUGAUCUACUACUUUGAACCUCUGUAUAAAGGUUUUGGCAACUCAGCAAUGUGGGCUAUUUUGACUGUUAUCGUGGUCUUUGAAUUCUCCGUAGGAGCAACACUCGGAAGAGGUUUAAAUAGAGGAUUGGCUACAUUGGUGGCUGGGGCUCUAGGAUUUGGUGCUCAUUACCUAGCAAGUCUUGCUGGAGAGAAAGGUGAGCCCAUACUCCUUGGGCUCUUUGUUUUUUUACUUGCUGGAGUAGUGACAUUUGUGCGGUUCUUUCCUCAAUUGAAAGCGAGAUACGAUUAUGGUCUCCUCAUAUUUAUGCUGACAUUUUGUUUGGUAUCUAUAUCUGGUUACCGGGAAGAUGAGAUACUUGAAAUGGCACAUCAAAGGGUGUCCACAAUCCUCAUUGGUAGCUCUGCAUCUGUAUUUAUUUGCCUUUUCGUUUUCCCUGUAUGGGCUGGUGAUGAUCUUCACAAUCUGGUCGCUUCAAACCUUGAAAAACUUGGGAGCUACUUAGAAGGUUUUGGUGUUGAGUACUUCAAAAUACCAGGGGAUAGUAAAGAGUCUAACAAUACAUUUAUGGAUGACUAUAAGAGUGUUCUCAACUCAAAACAGAGCGAAGAAUGCUUGGCUAAUUUUGCUAGAUGGGAACCAUGUCAUGGUCAAUUUAGGUUCCGUCACCCUUGGAAACAAUACCUGAAGAUUGGAAGCCUAACACGUCAAUGUGCGUAUCGUAUUGAGUCUCUUGAUGGCUACAUCAACUCUGAGAUCCAAAUACCAGCAGAAUUUCGAAGCAAAAUUCAAGAGGCAUGCACGAAUAUGAGCUUGGAAUCAGGCAAAGCUUUGAAGGAAUUAGCAUCGGCAAUCAAAGCAAUGACAGCACCAUCCUCAGUCACUCCCCACAUUGUAGAAUCAAAAGAUGCUGCUAACAAUCUGAUAUCCUUGCUCCGAUCAGGCUUUUGUAAAGAGAUUGACCUCCUAGAGGUAAUACCAGCUGUAACCGUGGCAUCGCUGCUAGUUGAUGUUGUUUCUUGCACAGAGAAAAUUGCAGUGUCCAUUAAUGAGCUCGCCUCUCUUGCGCACUUUGAAAGUGUUGAGCCUAUGGUGGAAGCAGAGAAGCCAAAAUUACUUCACCAAGAAACAAUCCCGCCUUGUUGUGGUGUCAAUGAACCACAUCAUGUUAUCACAAUUGAUCAGCUAUCUCCAAAAUUACCAUAAAAUAUUGUCUCUCUACGAUUGAAUUUGUUGAUAUGUGUUGCUAACAAGUUCUUAAUAUGGCAAUUUUGUAUUAGCCGAUUUUGAGUAAGUACAUGAACCUUACUUUUGAUCGAGUGUAUCAUGAGGAAAAACUAUUAUUUUAAAUUUAUUUCCUAAAUUCACUUCUA